AUGGACAAUCGUUGCAUUGUCGUUGGGACGCAUUGGCGUGGUGGGCUCAACUUCAACCUCAAGAUAGACAACCAAAACUGCCUCUCAAACGCCCUUACGAAAUCACUGGGUGCUACGCUGAAAGGCAAAGUGCAGCACCGUCCUUCUCGGUGUGGCAAAAAUGCCGAGAAGUUGUGGUCGAUUACGGCCCAGACGACGGGUAUCAAGAAGCGCAUGGUGGGAUGGGCGAAGAACAACGCUACACAAGAGAUGAUGCUUGCUCAGAGUGUUUUGGCUUGGACCAAUACGUUGCUAGCUUUAGCAAUGCUGCACCUAUCAGCCUCGAAAGUAUGGAGUACUUCGGUUGUUUUGUACCUAUAUAUGAGUUUUUGUGGUCAGAACGAAGCAAGCGGUCUGCAGACGCACAGCAUGCAGAGCAAGUGGAAGAUUGGCACGUGCGGCAUUACUAUUGACGGCGUGGAGACCAAGGUGGCGCCAGGCACGGACGACUUUAGCUUCAGCGGUCGCAACAUCACGAUAGGCUACCUGAAGGUGAACAGCAGACGAAAUGAAAGUUUUGACGAUGACGGCUGGGCUACACUCGGGUGA